GGUGAGUUCGAGGCCGGUAUCUCGAAGAACGGUCAGACCCGUGAGCACGCCCUGCUCGCCUUCACCCUCGGUGUCAAGCAGAUGAUCGUGGUCUGCAACAAGAUGGACAACGUCAACUGGGCCGAGAACCGUUACAACGAGAUCCAGCGUGAGGUGUCGGGCUACCUGAAGAAGGUCGGCUACAACCCCAAGAACAUCCCGUUCGUCCCGAUCUCCGGCUUCCACGGUGACAACAUGGUGGACCGCACCGACAAGAUGCCGUGGUACAAGGGUCCCACGCUCCUCGAGGCCCUCGACGACAUCAAGCCCCCCAAGCGCCCCAUGGACAAGCCCCUCCGCGUGCCCCUCCAGGACGUCUACAAGAUCGGCGGUAUCGGUACCGUGCCCGUCGGCCGUGUCGAGACUGGCGUGCUCAAGCCCGGCAUGGUGGUGACCUUCGCCCCCGUGAACGUGACCACUGAGGUCAAGUCCGUCGAGAUGCACCACGAGGCCCUCCCCGAGGCCGUGCCCGGUGACAACGUCGGCUUCAACGUCAAGAACGUCUCCAUCAAGGACAUCCGUCGCGGUAACGUCGCCGGUGACUCCAAGAAGGACCCGCCCCAGGAGACUGAGGACUUCACCGCCCAGGUCAUCAUCCUCAACCACCCUGGUCAGAUCCACGCUGGCUAUGCCCCCGUGCUCGAUUGCCACACCGCCCACAUUGCCUGCAAGUUCAAGGAGCUCCUCGAGAAGGUCGACCGUCGUUCGGGUAAGAAGAUGGAGGACAACCCCAAGGCCGUCAAGUCUGGCGACGCCGCCAUGGUGCUCCUCAUCCCCUCGAAGCCCCUCUGCGUCGAGACCUUCACCGACUACCCGCCCCUCGGCCGCUUCGCCGUCCGUGACAUGAGGCAGACCGUCGCCGUCGGCGUCAUCAAGGCCGUCACCCGCAAGGACCCCAAGGCCGGUAAGGUUACCGCCUCGGCCAAGAAGGCCGGCAAGAAGUAA